GCGGGCGGUAAGAUGCCGGGUUAAAGCGGGGAGUGGGCGGCGCUGGGCGCCCUCCCCCCUGAGCUUGUGGGGUGGUGGGCGCAGCGGGAACUCGGCCUCUGAGGGGACACCCGAGGAGCACACUCCUUGGGGCAAGGCGCGGUCGGCCUUGACUUCAUUUAGGGGGUGGAGAGCCGCAGGGGCGCGCUGACCUUUGGGCUCCCGCUCCAUCCCCUAAUUAUCCCACACGCACCCCCGAAACAGCUGCACUGGGCAAGGGGGCGUCUGGUAAUCUUGGGGGGGGGGGUUAAGGUUCCUACUACCCCACAGAAGUGCAUGCGCUUCUCCCUCUCUUGCCCCCAUUUCCCCAGCGUCGCUAAUUGAUUGUCCCCAGCUCUGUUUUGGUCACCUAUGGAAACCUUUCAAAUGGGGCAUUAAAAAAAAGAAAAAAUCUAUUAUCGGUGUUCUGGCGCUGCUGACAACUCUUUUCCAUCACCAAGCCACCCUUGGGAGACAGUUACUACAGCUGCUAUGCAGAAAUAUCCAAAUCCCAUGAAUCCCAGUGUGGUUGGAGUAGAUGUUCUAGACCGGCAUGUAGAUACCAGUGGAAAGUUACAUAGCCACAGGUUGCUCAGUACCGAAUGGGGGAUGCCAUCAAUUGUAAAAUCACUUAUUGGUGCUUGUCGAACAAGGACAUAUAUACAAGAACACUCCAUAGUUGACCCAGUAGAGAAAGUACUGGAGCUCAAUUCUAGUAAUAUUUCGUUUACAAAUCUGGUGUCAGUAGAUGAGAGAUUAAUCUAUAAACCGCAUCCUGAAAAGCCAGAAAAAACCAUUUUGACCCAAGAAGCAACGAUUUGUGUGAAAGGGGUUAGCGUCAGCAGUUACCUGGAAGGACUAAUGGAGAACACAAUCUCUUCUAAUGCUAAAAAAGGACGUGAAGCACUCGAAUGGGUAAUCAACAAACUGAAUGCCGAAAUAGAGGAAUUCACUUCUUCAGCAAGAGGAAACAUGAGGUCUUCUAUGGCAGCCGCAGCCUUUAUGGAGAAAUAAAAUAUAGCUAUAUUUGUCUAUAUCAGGCCUGAACAUAUGAAGCAAGUAGUUGUAAACUUCCUUCAAGCUGGAAAUAUUUAUUCUAUCUGUUGAAAAGAAAGAGGACUGUAGAUUAGAUUUUUAAAUUAAAAACCUGGAGAGAAGUUGCAUACGUUCAUACAUGAAGGUAAUAUGCAGGACUCAGUUCCAUUCAACUGUGUUACUUUCAGCUGAAAUAAUCUGAACUUUCAGUUCCUGCAAACACUGGAAGUAUCUUAAAGUUACAACCUAUAAUAGGCCUCCAAUAGAACAAACUGGAAGGUUAAUCUAUUGUUAACCCCAUCUUUGAUAGAAUUCAGGUUUUCCUAGACUCUGUUACUUUUGGGACCCAAAUUAAGAUGAAUUAUCCUGGGUACAGUAGCUUGGGUAGUUUGUGUUGUCAGAACAUUGGUUAUUACUUGAAAUAUGAUUGUUUAUAUUAAAAUGCUGCUUUGUAUGCUGCUGUCAUGAGUGUUACAAUUUGCUAACAUGAAAAGUGUGGCACAUAGCAUUUGUUCCCUUACCUUAAAGCUUUGCUCUAUUAAGAAAUGCUUCAUAAUUUUGAAGGAUUAACCAGCUAAAGAUUUGUACUAGGCAAAUUAUGAGUUUGGCAGAAGCUGCAUGAGAUAACUAAGGGGGGAAAUUUGUUCAGAAAUCCACUAUUUUAGUUUUGUAGAUCGACUUCAAAAAGAUACCGUUACAGUUGCAAAAUGUAAUUUUGUUAUAUGCUCAUUCUUUGGUUUUGCAGUUUCAAGAAACUGGAAGUAAUAUAAAUAUGUAAACUCUGAGACAGAAGUAUUUGUUCCAUUUCAAAUGUACUGUAACAUUGUUAAAUGAAUUGCAUAAUGAUUUAUAUGCUUGCUCAGCAGGACAUCAUGGACUAUUAACAUUUCUUAAAUAGUAAAUUGUUUCUUCUGUCUCCAAUAAGGAACAAAAUGUGACAGGUUGCUUAAUUUUGCCAUUUAGUAUUCUUUAAUUCCAUAGCUAAAAUAAUGGUGAGAUUGCAAUAUUCUUCCUGUUCUUCACAGGGGAAUAUUUCUAGAGGUGAAAGUUGAGAAUGGAAUACAAAACCCAAAUGGAAGAUUUUUUAAACAUGGAUAUUGUGUGAAAUAAAAAUAGCAGUGGAAACAAAGUAAUGCUGUUGUAGAAGAGGGCCAAUUAAAAUUUCUGUAUAAGGUACCUUUCAUAUGAAGGCCUGAAGAGGUGGAAGCCUAUUAUCUCCCUGAAGAUACUACACCAAGUAGUAAUUGGCAGAACUAAUGGGUUGCAAGUUCAUUUUGCAAUCUCUAAUUCUGUAGAUCUUCUCAUUUAUAUAUUGAGAACAGUUACAGAAGUCUGCUUGUGCAUGCAAUUUUCUGCCAUAUAAGCAUAUGUCAGUAAAACAGAACUAGCACUAGUUUUGAGUGCUUAUUUAGAUAGAAAUGUAUCCUUUAAUCUUCAAAUGGGGGAAAGCGGAAGGAAGAAAACCUGUGAAUCUGCCUAAGGUUACAAAUGUUUACUUGCAUAUUUAAAUUUUAAAUAUUUUUGUACUUUUUCUUUAUUGCAUUUGUAAAAGCAUAUCAGUUUUUUAUAUAUUUGAGAAUGUUCUUAACUUAAUUAAAAUGUCAAUGUUUGAUAUUCAAAACUGUGUUUUAAUUUUGGUGCAUAGUAACUAUCUGUUCUGAUAAAAAAAGGUCACAGCAUUUAAAUACUGAGUAAUUAUUUCAAAGCCUGUAUAUUUUAUCUUUAAUUUGCUUGGAUCGUUUUCAUAAUUUGAGAGGAAUUGUGGGAAUGGAGAUUAGAAUUCUUAGAUAUUAGGCAAAAGCCUGUGCAAACUUUACUGUCUAGAGCAGAGGUUCCUAAACUUUGGUAUAACAUGCUCUUUCUACUGAAGUAUAUGCUGAGUGUAUGCAAUAUUCUUCUCCUUAAAAAGUCAUCCCCAACCUUCAGCCCUUGGAAAGUGCUUAUGUGCAGCUCAUCCCCUCUUUCUUCCAUUGUAGGUGCUACUUUUUCAUUUUAGGGAAGAAAAAAGCACAGCAGCAAAGAGGAUGGUAUCAGAGUUGUAGCUGUGAUCAAAUUAGUUUCUCUUACAUGCCUUAUGGUUUCCUAAAUCAACAGAAACUACCUUCUUAAAAUUUACCAAAGUGUACAUUUCACUAGAACAAUCAGCAAUGAGUCAUCACUGUAAUUCCCUAUCCCAGUCUUCUUGUCUCAUUAGGAAAAUGUUAUGUUAUGGCAGUAGGGUAGCCACAUAGGUAUGGCCUGUAAGGCAGGGAUUAAUUUGGAAAGAAACAGAAGGCGGAAAUGGACAGGGGGCAAGACUGUAUGGAGAUUUGGCCACACAAGCAUCUUGUCUGUUUCCUGUUAACCUGGAUACAAUAGAAAAUUCAUGAAUGGUUGCUCAGAGAUAACAGGUAAAUCACUCUUUAUGCUAAUAGCUUUAGCAUAAAUUUCAUUGCAGGUGGGGGGGUGGGGAGAAGAGAACCUUCACCUGUGUCAUGGUCCUGAUCUGGAUCAAAGUCCUUGUGGCUUCUAUUUUAAAAAGAACAUUUGCACACCUGUAAAAAUGAGGGCACCAUGCUAAGCUCGGCCAGUCUAAUGGCAGAUGGAAAGUGAUAGGAGAGAGUUGUGGUUCAUUGCUGACAAAGCUUUUGCUAUAGCACCCGGGGGUGGCCCUUGAGAUGCUCUUAUGCUAUGAUUCCUGUCAUCUAACCAUUGGCCAUAUUGGCUGAGGCUGAUGAGAUUUCAAGUCCAGCAAUGUUGAGGGGGACGGGACAGGUUCUCCACCUCUGCUCCAACAGACGCACUGCUGACCGCAGUCUCAUGAUAUUACCUCUGGUGUUGGCUGGUUGGUGACCUCAGGACUCUGCAUCCAGGCCACCAAUUUGCAGUCCUACUUGAGAGUAAGGGGUACCAUCAAGUAAUUCAAUGUCCCCAUUACAAUGACUUCCAAAUAAAAGCUGAUGUCGAAAGAUGAAGAGAGCAACACCCAGUCAUCGCUCUGUUAGGGACUCUACAUGCCCUACAACAUUCCUAGAUACAGUACGCAGUUAAUUUUAAAAGGUAAAGUGGGAGCAGGAAGAAAAGGUUAAGAUGUCACAGGUUGGGAUGGAAAACAUAGGACAGGUGAUGAAGAGAGGAAUCCACCUAGCUAUAGAGCAGGGAGCAAUAAUGCAUUAUUGGAAGGGGAAAGAGAGGCAAAAGUUAUCAGAGACUUGCCCCAAGCAGGUGGUUCCUAACAAUACUUGGCAAAUUAUUUUCUGCUGUAAGCUCCAAACUUACAAUGUUUCAAGGCUCUAGUGAUUUUCUGAAAUGUAUACAAUACAUCCUGUUCAGUCUAUGCCAGCAGAAAUGACAGAGCCACCUGCCUUUACCUACUAAGUAAGCAUUGCAAGGGGGACCCUGAACUGUUUGCAGCUCAAAUUGGUUGCUGGGUUUGCAUCUCCCCCUCUUCCCUCCACUACUUUUGAGUCAUGCCUUCUAGAUUGUAAACCUGCAGGCAAGGAUUGUCUUGUUUUAAUUAUGUACGCCACUCUGCAAAGAGUGGUGAACAAAUGUUCUUAAUUGUAAUACUGAUGAUGAUGAUGAUGAUAAAUAAAUAAUACAAGCUUCCAUUGCUGUCGCUGUCCUGAUUUGCAGUACUGCCUGCCCCAAUUUAAUGUUUCUGUGGAGAACUAACAUCCUGAUCUGGCAGAAUGACAGCCUGGCAUUGGGAAGCUGAAUUCAUAAGGUUUACAGAAUGUUUUAUGAACUGCAUUUUACGUGUAUUUAAGCUUCAAAAAUAUUGCUCUGUGUAACAGAAGAUGCUAGAGUGCUUAUUCCAGCUGAUUUCAAUGAGUAUUCUACCACUGCUCCACGCUGAGUGCUGUUCUGGAGCCAUUAAAGAUUUGCUAGGCGAUGACCUGUAUUUAAAUCGGCAUGCAACAAUUUCCACUCUAGGAGCUGCGGAAAGAUUAGGGUCAUUAAGUGGGAAGAAGUACAGAAGAGCUUUAGCAGCCCAGCUGAAUAUGGCUUGCCUCAGAGGGGAAAGCAAGCAAAUCCACAGCUAUCCAAGGUAUGUACUAUUCUUAAACCUUGAUAUAUGCUUUGUAUUAAUGGCUGGAGUUGCAUCCCAUGCUUCUUCACAGCAUGAAAUUUUUCAGCAGAUAGCUGUGCAGAUGUGCUGCUUUGAGACAAUUAGAAGAAAAGAGCCAAUGGGAUAUUCACCUUGUUAGAGCUGAUCUUUGGUGAUGUGUCUGAUUACUGUAAUUAUUUACCAGCUAGUGUAGUAUGUAUACAAUAAGUGAUGUGUUUGGUGGGUGCUGCUCGCUCUUCUGUCUUACUAAGCACGUGAGCAAGGUGGCUACUUUCCAACAGCCGUUCCAAGGUUAUUUCUCACCAGGAAGGAAAAGAUGGUUUGCCAUUUUUACUCUUUCAGGUUGCUGUCGGUAUUAGAGCCAUGAUCCAUUCAUAAAUCUCUUCCACUUAAGUUAAUGGGGUCUUAAAUGCCUUUUGACUUUUACCGGAUUGUGUGUUCUAUAAACGGAUAAAGAAAUUCACCGGAAUGCAUCACUUACGAUUAAUGCAACAUCACAGUGUACGGUUUGAGUGCUUUUUUGUAUUGUGUUCCUUUUAUCUUUUAUCUGCUGUCCUACAUUUGACAAGACAUCAGAAAAAAUAGUUCCACAGUCAAUCACAUGCUUUGCAAUGCUGAAUGUCUCGGGUUCAAUGCUAAACAUCUCUAAAGAAUAUUGGGCAGAAGGUGUGUAAAUUACAGGCAACUGGAUGGAACAAUAGGCAUCUAAUAUACAAAAUUGCUUCCAAAAUAUAAGUUGUUGUUAUUAUUAUUUAAUAAAUUUAUAUACCGUCCUUCAUCUGAGAAUCAUAGGGUAGUUUACAAUAUAGCAACAGCAAAAAUACAUAACAUAGUAAAGAACAAAAAGAUUAAACCUAUACCCCCAACACACACAAUUUAAAAGGAUUGUUAAUUAGCCAAAGUCCUGAGAGCAGAGAAAUGUCUUUUCCUGGUGCCUAUUAUCAUUAUUAUUUAUUGAAUUUAUAUACCACCCUAUACCCGGAGGCCUAAAGACAUAUGUCA